GUGUGUGUGUAUUUGCGCAUCACCAUGGAUACGGACCCGGAGUUCCCCUCACCGCCCCUGUCGCCGGGCCUGUGUGUGUCUCUGUCGUUUAGCGAGCGGAGCGGGCGGGAGCGCGAGAGCGGACGCCACAGCAAGUCGCGCAGCAAGGACAGCAGCAGCCGCUCGGAGAAGAACGUCACCAUCAACGCGCCCAGCGCCCCCAACGCAGAGCCGCUACUGGGGGACCAGCCGCCCGCACCACAGCCAGCACCCGGGGACGACACACAGGAUGACAACUGGGGUGAGACGACCACGGCGGUGACGGGGACGUCGGAGCACAGCCUCUCUCAGGAGGACAUCGUGCGCAUCACCAAGGACCUGGAGGAGAGCGUGGGGCUGGGCUGCCGGAGAUACCUCUCCCUCACCCUGGGCCUCCUGCUGGGGCUACUCGUCUUCCUCACCCCCCUGGCCUUCCUCGUCCUACCACAGGUGUUGUGGGCUGACCGUAUCCAGCCGUGCGGCACGGCGUGCGAGGGCCUGUUCAUCUCGGUGGCGUUUAAGCUGCUGAUUCUGCUGCUGGCGGUCUGGGCCCUCUUCCUGCGGCCGCCCCGCGCCGCGCUGCCCCGCGUCUUCGUCUUCCGGGCCCUGCUGGCACUGCUGGUGCUGCUGCUGGUUCUCUCGUACUGGCUCUUCUACGGCGUCAGGAUACUGGACUCACAGGAUGAGAACUACCAGGGUAUAGUGCAGUAUGCGGUCUCCCUGGUGGAUGCUCUGCUGUUCGUCCACUACCUGGCCAUCGUGCUGCUGGAGCUGAGACAGCUACAACCCUGCUUCUGUUUAUCAGUCACACGCAACACCGACGGGGAGACAAGACACUACAACCUGGGACAACUCAGUAUUCAGCGUGCUGCCAUGGCCAUAUUGGAGCACUACUAUAAGGAUUUCCCGGUGCAUAACCCCGCCCUCCUGACCGCCUCCAAGUCCCGAGCAGCCAAGCACCUGGCCGGCCUCAAGGUCUACAACGUGGACGGCCCAGGUAACAAUGCGACUGCGGGCCAGUCCCGGGCCAUGAUCGCCGCGGCAGCCAGACGGAGAGACACGAGUCACAACGAGCUGUACUAUGAGGAGGCCGACCACGAGAGACGCGUCCGCAAGCGGAAAGCCAGGCUGGUGGUGGCUGUAGAGGAGGCCUUCACGCACGUGCGGCGCAUGCAGGAGGAGGAGCUGAAGAAGCCGCCGGGGGAGGUGAUGGACCCUCGGGAGGCGGCCCAGGCCAUCUUCCCCUCCAUGGCGCGCGCCCUGCAGAAGUACCUGCGCACCACGCGCCAGCAACACUGCCACAGCAUGGAGAGCAUCCAGAAGCACCUGGCCUUCGCCAUCACGCACAACAUGACACCCAAGGCGUUCCUGGAGGGCUACCUGACCCCCGGCCCGACGCUCCAGUACGGUCGAGAGCGCUGGAUGGCGGGUCAGUGGACGCUGGUGAGCGAGGCGUCGGUGACCAGCAGCCUGAGGGACGGCUCCUCCUUCCUCCUCAAGUGCAUAGACUUCAGCCUGGUGGUGACCACCAAGGCCAUCCCCUACAUCAAGCUCUCCGAGGAGUUCCAGGACCCCAAGAGCCACAAGUUCGUCUUGCGCCUGCAGUCCGAGACCUCCGUGUAGGAACCCACUGGAUUAUAUUUCACUUUUUUUUUUCUUUUUUUUUGGUGUCACGUCAUCACUAUUCAGUUUUUUUUUUGUAAUAUAUUGCAUUUGUUUUGCAUUUGCAUUUGAAUUUUUCUUUUUUUUUACAAAAUAGAUUGGGUUUUUUUCAUUUGCCUUGGUUUGUUCCUUUUUUUGGUUAGAAUUUUAUAUUGUCUUGUUUUGCAGAAAGACGCCAUAACAUCUUUUUUUUUCCAUCAACACACAUUUUUAUAAUAUAUAUAAAUAUGUAUAAAUAUAUAUGAAAAGCAUAUUUGAUUAUUUUUCUUCGAUAGGUUGUUUAGAGUUAGAGAGAGUAAAUGUAUUGGACAAUAAUAUAAAAAAAAAACAUGGGAAGAGCUGGUGACACUGUUUUGAUACAAAUAUAUGAAUAUAGAAAGACACACGAGAGGCUCUGAUGACUGUGUAUGCUAGUGUGCAUGCUAGCGAGCAUGAGUGUGUGAGAAAGAGAGCGAGAGAGCGUGUGUGCACUCCUUUAGCCAAACAGAGCAAAUGAAGAGUGGAAAAGGACACUUUUGGACAGAGGAACAUUAAAUUAACCUUUAUAUAGUUACACUGUGGAGAUGAAGCCCAUUGCUGGCUUUCAUCAUUAUUUGAUUUUUGAUUUCGUAUCAUUUUAUUGUUUCAUCUUAUCACCCAUUUCUGGUUUGAUUUGUGCUUUUAUUUUGCUAUUUUUGUGCUCCUUCACUGCUGUUUGAUUAUUGUGUUGGUUGUGCCCUGCGAUCUGCGAUCUAGCCCCAUGUAUCUUGUUUUUCUCUCUCUUCUCUCUUCUCUCCUCUCCUGUGUGUAUGUGCAUUCUCUUCCUCCGUAGGGGUGGUGGCUGGAAUGAGGAGACAAUGGCAUAGGAUUCUCUCCACCUCCCUUCUCCUCUCCGCUCCUCCUCCUCUCUUCCCCUCCUCCUCCUCCUCCUCCGUCUACAGGCAUGGUGUCUAGCUACCUCGGUGUGCGCCUAACCCCCCACCCCAAGGGUUGCCAUGGCAACAGCAGAGACGCGCACAGACACACACACACAUGAGCGCGCGUGCGAGCAAGCGAGCGAGCGCGCAGUGUCGUCUGGCAACAUGACUGUUUUGAUCUCUGGUUACACAUCCUGAAACCAACUGACAACACUACGGCAGCCAUUCAGGAUUUGUUGGAGGAUUCUUGAUGUUUUCCCAUAUCAACCACAAGGAGAAAGACUGAUGCCGUUUCCAUCUUCAUGUGCAUAUCUGUGUUUGUAUAUACGUAUCUAAGUUAUGCUUAUAGUCAGUGUACAAGCACACGUCGUGGGUCUCCUUUUUUUCCUGUACAUAUACGGAGAACAAAAGUGUAUGCCUGUUUUUAUACAAACCCUAACUGCACAUAUCUCCUACUUGUUUAUCACAAAAUGAAUUGUCCCCCCUUCUACUUGUUUAUCACAAAAUACAAAAUUAAUUGUCCCCCUUCUACUUGCUACAUUUUCUAUCUGAAGGUCCCAUGUUGAGAAAUUCUGAUUGUUGCCACCGCAUGUCAGGAGACAAUCCUAAUGACACUACACCUACUGUGUAGAGAACAAAAUGAUGUACUAUUUUCUAUUUAAAAACCUCCAAACGCCACUGGUAAACCACUUAGUGAUGGCACAUGAUGACUGUACUUACACUGUAAGUAUGCCAUAAGGAACCACGAAACAAUGCAUUUACCAUACUUACUUUAUUCGUUCACUGUUACACUAAAAAAAAACUAGCCUCUGGCAUUGCAUAAACUCCAAGGUGUCCCUCUCGGUAAACUAAACCGCCUCAGUGUCAUUGGCCUGUUAGCCGCAAAUGCUAACCAAACGUUUUCUGAAUGAGUCCUCAAAGCUUCAUUAUUUAUUUAUUAGUUUGUGAGAAAGAUUCUUGAUCUGGACAUGAAGCUUGUAUGGUUCUUGUUUUGGCUUAAACUGAGGCUUUAUUAUUGUAAUUAUAUCCCUGGUUUGAGGAAGUUGAUGGACACUAUUUUCCUUUAUUAAGGACCCAAAACUAUUUCACAUUGCCUGGUUGUGUUGUGUUAUUGUAAGUUGCAUAUUGUACGUAUUGUAUGUCAAGAAAAAAAAAAAAAAAACGUUUUUUUGGAGACAUUUUAUAAAGAAACAAAUAUUUGAGCACAACCAAGCAUGUUUCCCAUGAAGACUUUUUUUUCAGACCAUUCAGUAUAUUUUGAA